AUGUCCGACUCCAAAAACAAAAUCAUCAAGAAAGGAAGCGAGCCUACAGAAUUCGAGUAUCAUGUAGCACAAACAUUAGGUGAAAUCGAAGCAUCGGCAAGCGACCUUAAGGGCGAACUUCGUGAUGUUUUUAUUACCGGAGCAAGUGAGUUCGAUGGAAAGUUUAGAGGAUCAGUCCGCCAAGCUGUUGUAAUCAUGUUCCACUACAGAUCACUGCAAGCAGUCAAAAGAAUAUAUGCAAGACUUCUAAGCGAGCUUGAAAAGAGAUUCAGGAGGCCAGUCGCUAUUAUAUUUUCAAGGACAAUCUUACCAAAAUAUCUCAAAUCUAAAGGACAACAAAAACGCCCAUACUCAAGGACCCUCACCAGCGUCCAUGAAGCCAUUUUAGAUGACUUGGUCUUCCCUGCGACCAUUUUGGGCAAGAGAAUGAGAAUCAAGACAGACGGAAAGCGUGUAUUCAAAGUCCUAUUAGAUCCAAAAGACAGAGAAAAGCUCGAGGAGAAGUUAGACACUUUGAGUGCUGUCUACAACAAGCUGACCAACAAAGAAGUCGUUUUUGAGUUCCCUAUCAACAGAGAAUUCCCAGUUUAA